AUGGCAGACGCCAACCCACAUCUUGGACUCUUCCACGUCCAUAGCGUCGUCUCAAAAUCGACUAUAUCCAUCAAGGCGAGCAUGAAUCCUCAAGACUCGUCGUCUUCCACAAGGAGCUCAUCCCGCAAGAGGGCGCGAGUAUAUACUGCGGCUGGUAUCACUCUCGACGUGACGGCAAAUGCAGCCGAGGCAUCCGAUAUCCUUGCUCCUCUCAAAGCAGUCUGCAAGACAACAAAAUCAAUCCUCGAUGUCAUACAGGGUAUCGACGACAACCAAGAAGCAUGGGUAGACCUAACACGCCGUCUUGAUGAAUACAUGGUGGCCAUCGAAGAUCAACUCGAGUCGUUUGAACGCUAUCCUCCACAGGAUAGAAUGGUCGACGACGCCUUCAGUCGACCACUAGUCCGCUAUGUCGAGCUUCUCGAAGACAUUCAGUGCACUGUCGUAAACUAUAGGCAUAAACGACGGCGCGGCGGUCUCGGAGCAUUAGCUGCGAUGAGCAAAGUGAAACUGGAUACUGAAGAGAUUCGCAAUUUGAACCGAGAUAUCGAGGACAAACAUAGACAAUUCAUGAAUGCCUUGGGUCUUUUCACCGCAUUGCGUGUUCAAGCCACCGAACGCAAUGUUCAAGCGAUCGAACGCAACGUCCAAGCCAUUGAAGGGAGCGUCCAAGCUAUCGAACAGAGUGCCAAGGUCAUCGUGACAGACAUCGAGACCGCUGCUAUCCUGCAGCUGCCUGUGGCCGCAUUCGUCGCAUCCUCGGUCCACACCCGCUGUCUACAAGGGACCCGUCAGGCCGUUCUCGACAAGAUCUGGCGUUGGGCCGAGGAUGAUAUGUCGGAUAAGCCAAUAUUUUGGUUAUGCGACAUAGCUGGGUCUGGCAAAUCGUCAGUCGCAAUGUCCGCAGCAGCGUCGUGGCGAGCCGAGGGAACGCUAGGGGCCCAGUUCUUCUUCUCGAUGGCCAGCGCCGAAGCAUCGAAUACAGAAAAGCUGUGCCCGACCAUAGCCAGGGAACUCGCACGCCACAUACCCGAACUGGUACCAUACAUCGCCGACGCCGUGAAGCGAGAUCCAGUGAUCACGCGAAGUCCGCUUGAGGAGCAGUUCAGCACGCUCAUCACUGGUCCACUCAACCACCUAGAUACGCGGGUGAUCAUCGUUAUCGACGCCAUCGACGAAUGCAAGUCCGCAUCACAGCGAAGAGAACUUGUGGAGACACUCGCUAAGGGGGUUCGAGAGAGCCGGAAUCUCAAGAUCUUCAUGACGAGUCGACCGGACCCUGUCGUUGAGGCGGUUCUGAAAGACGUGUCGAUCAAAGAAAAGCUGGAAGACCGGCUGCACGAUCCCAACCAUUCGGAUAAUAUUGACGACAUUGCGGUUUACAUAGAUCAGUCGUUGGGCCUCGUUCUCUCCAAGGACAAGAGGCAACGGCUGGUCGAAAAGGCCAACGGGCUGUUCAUCUGGGCAAGCACCGCAUGCCGAAUGCUCACUAGCAAGACCAGCUUGAGCUCGUCUACGGCUAUAUAUGAUCGUCUGAUUUCUAUGGACCAACCUGGAGUCAUAGACGACGUAUAUAGCCUCGUUUUUGAGCGCAUAGACCCCAAAGACCACAUGGUUAUGCGCACAAUGUUGGCCUUGCUGCUAGCUGCAUUUGAGCCGCUCACUAUAGAGGACCUGGACGACCUGAUUGAACAUUCCAACGUGCUCGGAAGUGCCAAGGCGUUGGUAGAGAAUCUAGGAAGCGUACUUAGCGUAGAUACAAGGACAGAUCUGAUCCAGUUUCGUCACCCGACAUUCGUGGAAUACUUGCGACGCUGCACAAUUGCUCAGGCCACCGAGAAUCGCAAUGGAAUGUAUCUCAAUCUCGCCAACGCACACGGUCAAACCGCAUCAUGGUGUUUCAGAAACCUCAAAUCGCGCACAGAAGGUCUCAAGUUCAACAUAUGUCAAAUCGAGUCAUCUUUCCUCCUUAACAGACAGAUCCCCGACCUGGACGUCAGGGUGUCCAAAUUCAUUCCAAGAAGACUUCGAUAUGCCAGCUCGCACUGGCUGUUCCAUUUGGCCGGGACAGACAACAACUGGCAACGGAAGCUCAAGAGAGAACUGGAACAGAUGAUAGAGGGGUCGUAUGUGCUAUACUGGGCGGAGGUUCUGAGCCUUAUUGGAGGAGUGCCACGAGCGAUAGCGGGACUUCGAGCUGCUACAAGCCACAUAGGAAUCGAAAGGGAGGAUAAAAGCAGGAUGACGGAGAUUCGACGAUUUCUAAUGGCAUUUUCGGUACCAAUCCAGGAUAGCGCUGCACACAUAUACGUCUCGGCACUUGCAUUUACUCCCAGGAAGUCAACACUGCAUAGGGAGAAGGCAGAAAAAUAUAGGAAUACUCUGAGUGUUAUCCGGGGGGUAGAAGAGACGUAUCUGGACCUCCCCAGAGCUCUCCGAGGUCACGAAGAUUGGGUGCGAGCUGUCGGAUUCUCGCCAGACGGCUCACGAAUCGUCUCUGGCUCUUUGGACAAGACGAUUCGACUGUGGGACGCAGACACUGGUCAGCCAUUGGGAGAGCCACUUCGAGGUCACCAAGGACCUGUAUACGCCGUCGGAUUCUCGCCAGACGGCUCACGAAUCGUCUCUGGCUCUUCUGACAAGACGAUUCGACUGUGGGACGCAGACACUGGUCAGCCAUUGGGAGAGCCACUUCGAGGUCACGAACGAGGGGUCUACGCCGUCGGAUUCUCGCCAGACGGCUCACGAAUCGUCUCUGGCUCUUCUGACAAGACGAUUCGACUGUGGGACGCAGACACUGGUCAGCCAUUGGGAGAGCCACUUCGAGGUCACGAAGGACCUGUAUACGCCGUCGGAUUCUCGCCAGACGGCUCACGAAUCGUCUCUGGCUCAGAUGACUCGACGAUUCGACUGUGGGACGCAGACACUGGUCAGCCAUUGGGAGAGCCACUUCGAGGUCACGAAGGACCUAUAUACGCCGUCGGAUUCUCGCCAGACGGCUCACGAAUCGUCUCUGGCUCGGAUGACAAGACGAUUCGACUGUGGGACGCAGACUCUGGUCAGCCAUUGGGAGAGCCACUUCGAGGUCACCAAGGAAUGGUCUGGGCCGUCGGAUUCUCGCCAGACGGCUCACGAAUCGUCUCUGGCUCUUCUGACUCGACGAUUCGACUGUGGGACGCAGACUCUGGUCAGCCAUUGGGAGAGCCACUUCGAGGUCACCAAGGAAUGGUCUGGGCCGUCGGAUUCUCGCCAGACGGCUCACGAAUCGUCUCUGGCUCUUUUGACUGGACGAUUCGACUUUGGGACGCAGACACUGGUCAGCCAUUGGGAGAGCCACUUCGAGGUCACCAAGGACCUGUCUACGCCGUCGGAUUCUCGCCAGACGGCUCACGAAUCGUCUCUGGCUCUUUUGACUCGACGAUUAGAAUGUGGGAUGCAGGCACUGGUCAACUGUUGGGCGAGGCACCUCCAGGUCAACAAACACGCAUGAUGACAGGGGUUACAAUAUCUCCAGAUGGGUCGCGGAGUGUCUCUGGCUUAGACGACGGAACAGUUAGUGUAUGGGAUGUGCAUACUGAUGCAAGUUCACAUAGCCCCGAUAUCGAUGACCCCAAGUCACCAUCUCCCACUCUCAUCGAAUCACCAAAUGCUGUUCCCCUACCAUUACAGAUACCCGGAUUCAAGCGGUGCCUACUGUUGCACGAUGGCUGGGUGCAAUCAUCUGGCAACUUUCUGUUCUGGGUACCCCCGGAAAAUCGUUAUGGAAUUCAAAAUCAGAAUCUUCGUCUGACUAUGCCAACGUCGAGUCCAAAGCGGGCCACCAAACUCGAUUUCACCCAUUUCCAAUGUGGUCCCUCCUGGACAAAUGUUCGAAGGAACAUAAACCAGUGA